GCCGUCUGCUUUGUUGGGACCAUCGAUGCUACGACUUUUGCCGAGUCAGCUGCGAAUUGCACGUACAUAACGGGAAUAUUUACAAUAUUUUCUCACUAUUGGACAUUGUACGCUUGUUUUGAGUGCACAGCCAGCGUUUGCUUUGCCGUAUUUACGCUUCAAACCGCCUCAGACGACAGAAGACAGGAACCCCUGCCCUGUAUAUAAACAAAACGCAGCGAGCUGCCUUUUUAAGGUGGCACGUCAGAGACAGCUGCAACAACAAGGACUCCGAUUCUCUUUAAGUUCGCUCACUUCGUGUUGGUCACGUCGACAGCGAUGUGAAACACUAUACAGCUUUGUUAGGAGUUAAACUCCAUUACGUGUGCGUGCUAACAUGAGAGAAGAGGACAGUUUGUUGUCAGGAAGGCAGCUCCUGGCGAGUCUGAGAGGGGGUGAAUAUCCCUGCUGCUGCCCCUACUUGACAGAGGAGAAAGGAGCACUUGAUAUCCAGAAGGCUGACCUGAGGCCUCCUGGUCAUUCUAUCCUCCUGUAAUCAGUAUAAAAAACACAAUUUGGCACAAUAUGGAGACGGUGGGGAAAUUUGAGUUCAGUCGGAAGGACCUAAUAGGACAUGGCGCAUUUGCUGUCGUUUUCAAAGGCAGACACCGAGAAAAACAUGACUGGGAGGUGGCAGUGAAGUGCAUAAACAAGAAGAACUUGGCCAAAUCCCAGACACUGCUGGGGAAAGAGAUCAAAAUACUGAAGGAGCUGAAACAUGAGAACAUUGUUGCUUUACUGGACUUUCAGGAAACUGCCAGCUCAGUGUACCUGGUAAUGGAGUACUGCAAUGGUGGCGACCUUGCUGAUUAUUUACACUCCAAAGGCACGCUGAGUGAGGACACAAUCCGGGUUUUCCUGCAGCAGAUUGCAGGGGCCAUGAGGGUCCUACAGGGCAAAGGCAUAAUCCACCGGGACCUCAAGCCCCAGAACAUCCUGCUCUCCUACCCAGCAGGACGCAAGUCGCACUCCAACAACACCUGCAUCAAGAUCGCGGACUUCGGCUUUGCCAGGUACCUCCAGAGCAACAUGAUGGCGGCGACGCUCUGCGGGUCCCCGAUGUACAUGGCUCCUGAGGUGAUCAUGUCCCAAACCUACGAUGCCAAAGCUGACUUGUGGAGUAUAGGAACCAUCGUGUUUCAGUGUCUGAUUGGAAAGGCUCCUUUUCAGGCUAGCAGUCCCCAGGACCUCCGGAUGUUCUAUGAGAAAAACAAGACUCUCAGCCCCAACAUUCCCAGAGAGACUUCAAGCCAUUUGAGGCACCUGCUGCUGGGCCUGCUGCAGCGCAACCACAAGGACCGCAUGGACUUUGAUGAGUUCUUUUCUCAUCCUUUCCUGGAGGCUAGCUCAUCCAUGAAAAAGACAACUCCUACCGUGUCCAUGACCUGCUUCCCCAGCUCUGCCUCGGCCAGCUCCUGUAGCAGCUCCUCCACCUCGCACCUCGCCUCACCACCGCAGUCUCUUGCUGAGGUUCAGCAUGUGCGUGCCAAAGCUCUGACCUCCCCUACCCAGGAGGCCGCUGGUUUUCUCCUCAAGGACUCCUCUGGAGGGGGCGGCAGCAGCAAGAACUCCUCCUGUGACACAGAUGACUUUGUUAUGGUGCCUGCUAACUUAACAACGGUAGAGUUGCCAUGUGAGAGUAAAGUUUUGCCUGACAGCUUGAUGAACAGCAGCUCUCUUCUGGCUUCUGCUGGUCUGUGCAGCCAAGUCAAAACCCCACCACACUCGCCUUCCUACAGCGGAUCUCCAAGUCCUGUCAGGCCCAGUGAGUUCUCGGGAAGUAACAACAGUGGUAGCUAUGGAAACCACGGUCAGUCCUUGCCUAUCCCAGUCCCCACCCAGGUCCACAACUACCAGCGCAUGGAGCAGAACCUCAACUCUCCGAAACAGGACGGCUCCCCACGGCUGUCUCCACCAGUGCGCCGAUGCAGCAGCGGAAGCUCUUUGGGUUUUGCCCGGCCCGGGCUGUCACCACCUUACGGACAAGCAGUAGUUGCAACCAAUCGGAGACUUUCCCUGGGAGGAGCCAGACCUUUCCAGCUCUCUCCUCAAGCUCCUCAGCUCAUCGAAGCUCGGCAGACUUCUCAGCCGCGGUCGGCAGGCCUGGGCACGCGGCUCCACAGCGCCCCCUGUUUGUUGGAGGGCGCCAGUGGUGGUGUGAGACACAAGAUCAGGAAGCAGCACUCAGACCCGGUGGUGGCCCCCUCUACGACUCUGAUGACUGUCCGCCCUUUGCACUCGUCCCCCAGACUCAGCGAGCUGAUGCAGCGUAGCCCCCUCCCCACCAUCCUGGGCUCACCUUCCAGGACCAUCCCUCCUUUUGAAUUCCCCAAGGCUCCUAGCUCCACCAAUCUCGUGACCUUCCUGACACAGCAAGGUCUGGUCCUCGGCCCGCCCUGCAGCAGGACGGCCCCCCCAGAGCUCAGGGACGCAGGACAACAAGCACGUACACAGGGCAACCAGCCUGCCCACUGCAUCCACAGACUGAGUGAUGAUGCCAAGGGCUUUGGAAGGUCUCAGAGUGCAGGUCGUCUGUCUGACAUGCUGCUGAUGGCUGCUUUCGGCCCAGGUGGACCCUUGGGUGACAGAGGCAGCUCCGAGAACCUGACCUCUGAAAAAGCCAUAGACAUAACCGUGCCCCCCGGUGGUGGGGCAUCCUUUGCACCUGGCUCCAUCAGCCCAGCACAGGUGGUUUUUACCGUGGGCUCUCCCCCCAGUGGCAGCACCCCCCCUCAUACCUCCAGACAAAGGAAAUACUCAGGCUCGUUCACUUCAAUCAGCCCCGCAGUUUCCUUCACUAGCCGCCAUCCCCAGACGGGCACCUUACUGGACGGCUUUGAGGCCCCUCCAAAUCCUCGCUACAGUUUCACUGAUCCUAUCUCUGCCAACAUGGGCGCUCAUGUAACCUUUGAGGCUCCUGAGUUGCCUGAGGAGACGCUGAUGGAGCAGGAGCAUACAGACACUGUGCAAAGCCUGCGUUUCACGUUGGAUUUCGCCCGCUGUCUGAUGGAGGUGGCCGGAGCCCGUGGGGUGGUGUUGUUUGAGGAGCAGGGGGACAUUUGUCAUCCCUCCCUCCAUCAGCCCCAGAGCCUGGUAGCAGACCAGAUAAGCUCUCUGAGCAGAGAGUGGAGUCAUGCAGAACAGCUGGUUCUCUACCUUAAGACUGCAGAGCUCUUGUCCAAUGCCUUACACACAGCCAUGGAGGGAGUUAAACAAGGCACACUCUACCCAUCCUCUACUGUCAAACAAAUUGUGAAGAGGCUGAAUGAACUGUACAAGUCCAGUGUGGCUUCCUGUCGCUCACUCAGCACCCGGCUGGAGCGCUUCUUCUCCAGGAAGCACCGCCUAAUGGACCAAAUCAGCUCCAUCACAGCUGAACGGCUGCUGUUCAGCCACACCGUGCAGAUGGUUCAGACGGCUGCACUGGACGAGAUGUUCCACCAGGGGGAGGCGUCGGUGCUGCGUUACCAUAAAGCUCUGCUGCUGAUGGAGGGUCUGUCUCAGCUGCUCACUGAACAGGAAGACAUCCUCAGAGUUAGCAAAUGUAAGGAGUGUAUUGAGCGGCGCCUCACAGCUUUGCAGUCAGGACUAUGUGUCUGAGACUUCUUGGAGUGAUGUCACCCUGCAUAUUAUCAACGAAUCAAAUCUCAACCCACAUCUUGUGGUUUUCCCUUAGAAAUGCUUUAGAUUUCACAAGAAAACCACAAGGCUUCACUUUUGCUGAACAUUCACGGCUCGACUUUUAAUGGCUUGCCAUUCAUCUCAAGCUUUGGACAGUGGCAGUGACUUACACCGGCACUAAACUUGUUCCGGUGUUGGACAUGAAGCACUUGUGCUGUGAAAGAAUGUCUGCGCUGUCGCCUACGGGUAGAGGACUCUGCUCCUGGUGCUGAAAAUGUUUUUCCAAGGGACUAAGGAUGACACCCGCCGGAGCAUUUAUCGCCAAGUAGUCGCAUAUCCACAUACAGAAAGCUUUCUUAGAUGGGAAAAUAUUCAAAAAUCUUUAUGGACAAAUGUAUCUUCUUCCGUAUCCGUUGCUGGAGAAAAAUACGCCAACAAACAUAAUUUGUCUUAUACCCCUUGUUUGCUUUCCUUGAAUUCAUUUGACUGUUAUUUAUCUAAUUAUUACUUGCUUUGCUGGAGGAAAUUUAAAAUAGCAACAAUACAGUUGGUGGCAGGAAUCGCAUACAAGCGUAUAACCAAUCUGUUGCCAAAAUAUUUGUAGUUUUGCUUUUGUGUUAUUUUAAACUUGUUGUAAGUAUCUUUGGUUUGGAAAAAAAGAUCCCUGUUUGACACUUUACCAAUUCUAUACUUCCUUAUGUAACAGACAAUAAUCAAUCAUUGAAACAAUGAUAUAAACGGGAUUGAGUUUUCUUAAAUGGUGGCAGGUAUUACAGCAGAAGAUGGGUCCAGAAAACACUCACUACCACACUGCUACAUGCAAAAUAUAGCUUUUAUUCCAGCUGGUGUGUAAGCAUCCCUGAAUACAAUCUUACUAAAUAUGUUGCAAUAACCUGGGAUGUGUUCGUCAGGUAUACAGAAGCUUUUUUUUUUGCUACCGUUGCUGGUAAUGUCUUCACACAACUUCGUAUUCUGUCUCCUUAUGUGUCGUUCAUCAAUCAUGUCGGAGUUCAGCAAGUAUAAUCACAUUUGAAUGUAGUGCUGAAAGGAGAGAAACUGUUAAUUUAUGUCAAUUGUAAACCCCGCGUUUAGCGUCUGAAUGUUUUUGCACUGUUUAAGUACUGUAUGGGACGAUUUUGAGUGGAACAUGCUAAACGCGUCCUGUUUUUUUUUUUUGUAUAGAUACCUUUAGUCAGAUUUGCUUAUUUAGAGAUUUCUAUUCCAUACUUUUAUUGCAGUUGUGUUUUAGUUGCUGUCAAAAGGUUUUAGAGGUGUGUUAGAUGUGAGAAUGCUGACAGAGAGAUAUAAGCUAUGAACCCUUAGAAAGAUUGCUUUAAGAAGAAAGAGGGGAAAAAAAUACUUUACACUGAAAAAAAGUUUUACAUCCAUUGUGUUGUGUUUGGAGUAGUCAGAGUUUGGCGAUUGUGUUUUAUUUUAAAAAAGUGACCUGUUGAUUUGGAGUGCUAGUGUUUUAAUAUUUGUGUUUCAUUGACCUUAGAGCUAUAUCUCAAGAGGAUACAUUUACUCCCCUAAGUCAUGGGCAAAUGGGAAGGGUCAACGUUGGUCAAAGAUAAGCUUGUGUGCAUGCAUGCAUGUUUGAAAUGAUAUGUGGUGUAUUGAGUGACAGUGGGAUUUGUUCUGUACAGAACCAAUUGCUCUGUGACAAGGUGUGAAUGAGUUGUUAUUCAAGAUGGUGACUAAGAGAACAUUUGAGAAGAUGAUAUUGAUUUGUGGAAAGGGCUUAAGAUAUUUAUUUAUGAAGCCAGUAUAGUAGCACUGUCAGCAGAACAGAACGGAGGAAAUGUUUUUUUCCUUGGUGAAGAUUUAUCGAAAUAUACAUAACGUGUAUUUGCUUUGUGGCCUUUUGUCAGAUCGCUUUUUGGUACAUUUUUAUAGGUCUACCGAGAUCAUCUUGUGUGUUAUUUUAGUGUGAGUCUACAUUCCUACAGCCUCUCUGUCUCUUACACACGCUGUUCAGUUCAGUCACUUUGUAAUGGUGAUCACAAUUUACCUUUAUAAAACUGAUGCAUGUGUCACUUUGUAAUGUUCCCUACAAUCAUUACUAUUGGCCAUCCUUCGAAGGAUUAUCUUGGGUAGGACUCAAAAGCACCAUAAAGAUAAUUUGUGCAGACGUUGAAAUAAUUAUUACAAAAUACUGACGCCCCACCAGCUCCUGUUUAAAGUACCACAGAAAGAUAAAAUGAAGUGUAAUGUGUGCACUCUCAGAAUAGAUUGGUCAUUGAUUUGUAUUAUUUGUUUUGUAUGCUAAAAAACCUGUUUUAAUUUUGUGUUUUCACUUUCUGUAUUACCUGUAAAUAUUGUAAAUUAAGUUAUUGUUAAUGUAUAUAUGACGCUGCAGGCAUGGAGAGAACAGUACCAUCAUUACAUUUCCAAAGAAUUGGCUUUCUGCUGAUCCUCCAUAUUGUCUCUGACUGUUGCAAAGCAUUUUAUUCUUGUCAUGUAUGACAAACACACAAUCUCAGUGUCCCUGUGUGUGGUGUAACCUUUACUGUUUGAGUUGCAACAUGAAUAAAGUAAAGAUUAUUUAGGA